GCGGAGCGGGACGGAGCGAAGUGAAACAAAACAAGCGGGGCUUUGUAGCGCCUUAAAGGCGCCGCGUCCGCGCCCGCGGAGAGAGAGAGAGAGAAAGAGAGCGGAGGGGGAAGGAGGGGAAACAAAGCGGCCCCGCGGCGGCGGAGAGAGGGAGGGCGAGAAGGAGCCGGAUUUGCUUACUGAGCACUUUUUAAAUUUUUUUCAUUUUCAUUUUUUUUCUUUUAGUUUUCAUUGUUUUUUUUUUUUUUAAUUAUUAUUAUUAUUUUUAAAGCCCCUUCCGUGGGCGCGGGGCCAUGCUGGCGCGGCGCUGGCGGUGAUGGCUGUGAGCGGGCGGCGCGGAGCGGUCUAUGAGGCAGCGGGUCGGAGCCCCUGCGCACCUGCUUAGCGCGCCGCCGCGGGCGCGGAGAGCCGCGCAGCGCCAUGUCGCGGGUCGUCCAGAAGAAGAACCACUGGGCCAGCCGGGUGCGGCAGUGCGCGCUGAGCCGCGGGCCCGGCGGGCAGCUGGGCUUCGUCCUGCUGGGCGGCGCGGAGCACGGCGAGUUCCCCUACGCGGGCGCGGUGGCGGCGGGGGCCGGCGAGCAGGCGCUGAGCGAGGGGGAGCUGCUGCUGGAGGUGCAGGGGGUGCGCGUCUCCGGGCUGCCGCGCUACGACGUGCUGGAGGUGAUCCGGAGCUGCAAGGAGCCCAUCGUGGUGAAAGCCGUCAGGCAAGGAAGCAGACUGAACAAAGACCUGAGACAUUAUCUCAACCAGAGGUUUCAGAAAGGAUCGCCGGAUCACGAUCUACAGCAGACUAUUAGAGAUAACCUUUAUCGCCAUGCUGUGCCUUGCACAACCCGCCCUCCGAGAGAAGGAGAAGUGCCUGGUGUGGACUACAACUUUCUGACUGUGGAGGAGUUUCUGGAGUUGGAGCGAAGUGGGACCCUUCUGGAAGUAGGAACCUAUGAAGGUAACUAUUAUGGAACGCCCAAGCCUCCCAGCCAACCCCUCAGUGGGAAAGUGACUUCCACCGAUGCUCUGCAAAACCUGCAGUCUGGCUCCAAGCAGUCGACUCCAAAGCGAACCAAGUCUUACAAUGAUAUGCAAAAUGCUGGCAUAGUGCACACAGAGAAUGAGGAAGAGGAUGAUGCACCUGAAAUGAGCAGUAGCUUCACAGCAGAGUCUGGUGACCAAGACGAGCAUCACACGCAUAUCGUCAGAGAGACAGCCCCACCGUCUGCGAUUGAUAGCCACACCAAUCUUCCCACCACGGAACCAUCUCAGAGCCUCCCUCAAUACCUACCUCCUUCUGCCGAGGAUAACCUAGGUCCUCUGCCGGAAAACUGGGAGAUGGCCUACACCGAGAACGGAGAAGUCUAUUUUAUAGACCAUAAUACAAAAACAACAUCUUGGCUAGAUCCACGGUGCCUGAACAAACAGCAGAAGCCUCUAGAAGAAUGUGAAGAUGAUGAAGAAGGGGUACACACGGAGGAACUGGACAGUGAACUAGAGUUGCCUGCUGGUUGGGAGAAAAUUGAGGAUCCCGUAUAUGGUGUCUACUAUGUAGACCACAUCAACCGGAAGACACAAUAUGAGAACCCAGUUCUUGAAGCAAAGAGGAAGAAGCAGCUUGAACAACAGCAGCAGCCACCAGAAGAAUGGACAGAGGAGUGUCCAUCUCUCCCACCACCCGCUGCUCCAAACCAUGUUUCAAACAACCAAGAGGCAGUUCGGGAAGCACCAGUGCAAGGGAAACCUUUUUUUACAAGAAACCCUUCUGAGUUGAAAGGGAAGUUCAUCCACACCAAGCUAAGGAAGAGCAGCAGGGGGUUCGGCUUCACCGUCGUCGGAGGAGAUGAGCCAGAUGAAUUUCUGCAGAUCAAGAGUUUGGUGCUUGACGGCCCCGCGGCGCUCGAUGGCAAAAUGGAGACAGGGGACGUCAUAGUCAGCGUGAACGACACCUGUGUGCUGGGGCACACUCACGCCCAAGUUGUGAAAAUCUUCCAGUCCAUCCCCAUCGGUGCCAGCGUGGACCUCGAACUGUGCCGAGGCUACCCCCUGCCCUUCGAUCCCGACGACCCCAACACAAGCCUGGUGACGUCCGUGGCAAUUUUGGACAAAGAGCCGAUCAUUGUGAACGGGCAGGAAAAUUAUGACUCCCCAGCCAGCCACAGUAGUAAAACAGGGAAAGUCAAUGGCACAAAGGAAGCGAGACCCAGCAGCCCGGCUGAGGUCUCCUCCAAUGGACCCCAUGGGUACCCCAAUGACACAGUCUCUUUGGCAUCUUCAAUAGCAACGCAACCUGAACUCAUAACCGUGCAUAUAGUGAAAGGGCCCAUGGGCUUUGGCUUUACUAUAGCAGACAGUCCCGGUGGGGGUGGCCAAAGGGUGAAACAAAUUGUGGACAGCCCACGGUGUCGGGGCCUGAAGGAGGGCGACCUUAUAGUCGAAGUCAACAAGAAGAAUGUGCAGAGCCUCACUCACAACCAGGUGGUGGAUAUGCUGAUUGAAUGUCCGAAGGGAAGCGAGGUCACGUUGCUGGUGCAGCGAGGAGGACUGCCGGUCCCAAAGAAGAGCCCAAAGUCGCAACCACUUGAAAGGAAAGACAGCCAAAACAGUUCUCAGCACAGCGUCUCCAGCCACCGCAGCGGGCACACCGCGUCCCCCGCUCACAGCGCGCAGGUGCUGCCGGAGUACCCCGCCGCCGAGCCGCCGGCUGCCGACCAACCCGACGCUUCUGGGCAGAAAAAGCCAGAUCCGUUCAAAAUCUGGGCCCAGUCCAGGAGCAUGUAUGAAAGCCGACUUCCAGAUUACCAAGAGCAGGAUAUCUUUCUAUGGAGAAAGGAAACCGGUUUUGGGUUUAGGAUUCUGGGUGGAAAUGAGCCUGGAGAACCUAUUUACAUCGGUCACAUUGUACCGCUGGGUGCUGCUGAUGCCGACGGCCGCCUGAGGUCUGGCGACGAGCUGAUCUGCGUGGAUGGGACGCCCGUGGUCGGGAAGUCGCACCAGCUUGUUGUCCAGCUUAUGCAACAGGCGGCCAAGCAAGGUCACGUCAAUCUGACCGUCAGGCGCAAAGUAGUUUACACAGUCCCCAAGGCAGAGAACGAAGUCCCGUCCCCAGCCUCUUCCCACCACAGCAGCAACCAGCCGGCCUCGCUGACGGAGGAGAAGCGAACGCCGCAGGGCAGCCAGAACUCCCUCAACACCGUCAGCUCGGGUAGCGGCAGCACCAGCGGCAUCGGCAGCGGCGGCGGAGGCGGCAGCGGCGUGGUCAGCGCCGUGGUCCAGCCCUAUGAUGUGGAAAUCCGCCGUGGUGAGAACGAGGGCUUCGGCUUCGUCAUCGUCUCGUCGGUGAGCAGACCGGAGGCGGGGACGACGUUCGCGGGAAAUGCAUGUGUGGCCAUGCCUCACAAAAUAGGUCGGAUAAUUGAAGGGAGUCCCGCAGACCGCUGUGGCAAGCUGAAAGUAGGCGAUCGCAUCUUGGCCGUCAAUGGGUGCUCCAUCACCAACAAGUCGCAUUCAGACAUCGUCAACCUCAUUAAGGAAGCGGGAAACACCGUUACUCUGCGCAUCAUUCCAGGAGACGAAUCCUCCAAUGCUACUUUAUUGACCAAUGCAGAAAAAAUUGCUACAAUUACAACCACACAUACUCCUCAGCAAAUACCACAGGAGACCAGCAGGAACAACACAAAACCAAAGCAGGAAUCCCAGUUUGAUUUCAAACCACCCCAAGCAGCACAGCAGGACCAAGAUUUUUACACUGUUGAGCUGGAAAGAGGAGCCAAAGGGUUUGGCUUCAGCCUGCGAGGCGGCCGGGAGUAUAAUAUGGAUCUGUACGUGCUGCGGCUAGCUGAGGAUGGUCCAGCUGAGAGAUGUGGGAAGAUGAGGAUUGGUGAUGAAAUCCUAGAGAUCAACGGGGAAACUACCAAGAACAUGAAGCAUGCUCGGGCCAUCGAACUGAUUAAAAAUGGUGGCCGCAGGGUCCGCCUGUUUCUGAAACGUGGAGAUGGCUCUGUCCCAGAAUAUGACCCCAGCAGUGACAGGAACAGUCCCGCCACAGGUUCACAAAAUGUAUCGGAAAUGAAACCCGCGCCAUCCGACCGACGGCAGCACCCAUCAUUGGAGUCCAGUUAUCCACCAGACCUUCACAAAUCAUCACAACAUGGGGACAAGCGGACUUACGUUAGAGACCUAAAAGGCAGCAGAGAGGUUAGCAGACAUCCCAACGAACACCACACUUGGAACGGGACUUGUAAAGCCAACGACACCGUGCCAGGCAGGAGGACGGAGCGGUCACCGGAGAGGAGACGCGAGAGGCAGCCGGAGAGGGCGGCGGUGAAUGGGCAGAAGAGGAGGUCACCCGAAAAGCAGCGCCGGGAAGGGACGAGGAGCGCCGACAACACCCUAGAGAGACGGGAGCGGCAUGAGAGGAGGAGAGACCUCUCCCCAGAGAGACGCAGGGAGCGGUCACCCGGCCGGCGCCGGCGCUCGCUGGAGAGACUCACGGAGCCCAGGAGGUCACCGGAGCAGAGAAGGGAGAACUCCCUGGACCGGCGAGCCAAGUCGUCCGACCGGCGGAGAGAGCGGUCGCCCGAGCGGCGGCUCAGGGAAGAGCGGGCCGGCCACCGGCAGAGGGAAGAUGCCAGCUGGAAGCAAGAGGCGAGCCGCCGGCACCCAACUGAGCAGCGCAGGCGGCCCUACAAGGAGUGCAGCACCGACCUCAGCAUCUGAGGGGUCCCUGCCGCCUUCCCCGCGCCGCGGGAGCUGGAACCACCCGGGCUCCACGAGGCGAGGAGGCACCCGCUGGUCCUACAAACCUUUUAUGCAGAUGAAAUCUUAUAACAAAAAAAAAACAUUUAAAAAAAAAGUGUUGUGCCUGAUGUAUAAUAUUAAAGAAAGUAUUUUUCAAUGUAUGCUUUUUUUUUUUUUUAAUUACUUGCCAAAUGUUGGUCCUAAAGGAUUAUAAAGUUUUGUUUCUACAUUCUUUGUAGAUUUCUUAAGAGUAAUUCCUUUAUCAGGCUACUUUCCCCCCUCCCCAGUAUAGUAAAUGGGGGUAGCCAGUAAUAUAACGUAGGUAAAGGAUUUUAUGACCAAGUUGGAAUAAUUUGAUCCAGACUGUUCUCUAGUGACUCACUGCUACACUGUAUGUAGAAAAAUUUUUUAAGGGUUGGGGGUGGGGAUGGAAGAAAAUUGUUCAUCUCAGUAGGAAUGGAGCGCUCCUGCUGAAGGAAUUAAAAAGAAAGAGACAAAAUGUUCCUAAAAUUGCAAGAACUGUUUGAAGAGACUACUGUUUCAAUGAAGGAUAUUUAUAAUAAUAAAUAAUAAUAAAUAAUAAUUAAAAAAAAAAAAAGAACAAAAAACCCACACAGCACAAGGUGAUUUGCGAUAAGGAAUUUUUAGUUUGUUCCAUGAACAGUUUAUACUUUCAGGCCCCCUCUACAGGAUGCACAAAGGCAGAAAGACUGGUAACCACCAUGCCUGUGUCACACACUAACGUAGACUGUUGAUCUCUCAUUAGCCUCAGCAACACUUAACGAUAUUUCAUUAAGGCAGCCACCGCAGCCCUCCUCAUCUUCUAGAUGUAUAUGGACAGCAACCCCGAAUGUGCAUGGUAUUGUGUGUCUGCUUUGGAGCAAGGGAAGGGAGCAGAAUGCCCUGAAGGCAUUGCGGUGGGGAGUCCUCCCUCGGAGCAGGUGUAUUCCUUCUGCUCAGGCAAAACCAGUGGGCUCUUCUUAUUUUGCCAAAUUCAGACAAACUCUCUCUUCUCGCUCCGUGUUUAAGUUUUUAUUUUACUGGUUCAUCCUUCCUGAGACAAAAGGAGUGCACUUGCUGGGAAAAAAAAAAAAAUAAAUGGAUGCAUCAAAGGAAAAACACAGGCAAAAAGAGGCAAUCAGUGGGACAACCUGGUUGUAGAAGCCUACCCAUGCUGGUUACAUGCUGUAAAAUUGAGUCUGAGAACAGCAGCAAAAGGGAAACCUGCAAGUUUCUAAGUUGUGUUUUUUAAAUUUGCAAGUUGUGUGGUAAGUCUGCUGUAGUAUUGGUCUGAGAUUUUAAUGGAUUACUGCCUAGCUGAGCCAAAAUGUUUGCCGUUACUGUUGGACCACUAAAGUAACCUGCUGCUUUUUACAGUGCAUUGAUGUGUACAUGUAUACUGUUUCACAUUUUCCAUAUGAACACAAAAACAUUGCAAGUCUAUCACUGUUGUUGCCAUGGUACUGUAAAAACAAAACCAAGAAAGAAGAUGGCCAAUCAUUGUGUGUACAGUUUAAAUUGUAAUUAAUAGAGCCUGUUGGAAAAAAAACCACAAAACUGUUGCCUUUUUCUUGUAUAAAAGAGGAUUUAUGACAAAAUUUAGCUGUGAGGAAUGUGAUUACGUGUUUAUAUUUCUGAAAAUGGAACAAAUCGAUUCAGGGGAAUAUAUUUUAAUGUAAACUGAAUCAGGUAUGUAAAGCUGUUUUAAAAUGGGAGACUAUAUAAGUAAUUCUAAAGCUUUUGUUGGUUCAAAUAUCAUUUCUUUCUUCAUGGUGGGCCUGCUUAUAUAUUCUUAAGCACAUGUAUGCAGUCUAUGUUCUUCAAUCAUCAUUUCUUGCAAUGUGCUAUCAACAUGAUGCUCUUUUCUGUGUUGAUGAAAAGCAGUAUGUGGGCCAAUCUUUUUUAUAAAACACUAUGCAUAUAUAAAUACUACAUUGUUCAUAGCUUUAUUUGACUUAUUGGGUUUAUACAUAACACUAGGAUGAGUAGAUGUGGACUUACCCAGUAUGAGCUUAUUUCCUUGGAACAGACACUAUGUAUAUGAUGUAGCAACAAAGAAGGAGAAAGUCUGUGAAUGCUAUUUUUAUUAUCAAAUAAACUUUUCCAUACAAAGCAUA